CGGCUCCAAAACUAUACGACAAUAAUUACAAUUAUAUUGAACGAGAAAUAAUUAGUUCCUUUUUCAAUAUUAUUUCGACAUAAAAAUGGCUAGCCGCAGUUCGAGUUCCGGCAGCUCGCCGGCAAUGGCCGCCACCACUUUGGCAAUAAUAACAAAGCUCUUCAUCAUCAUCUUCUUCUUCUCGGGAUCUGCAGAGGCUCAGCUAAGUGCAACGUUUUACUCAAACACAUGCUCCAAUGUGUCUGCAAUUGUGAGUAGUGUGAUUCAACAGGCCUCCCAGAACGAUCCCCGCAUCGGCGCCAGCCUCAUUCGUCUCCAUUUCCACGACUGCUUCGUCAAUGGAUGUGAUGGGUCGCUUUUGUUAGACAACAACGGAACGACAAUUGUGAGCGAGAAAGACGCUGCUCCAAACGCCAACUCCGCGAGGGGUUUUGAUGUCAUGGACAACAUUAAGUCCGCGGUUGAGAGCGCUUGCCCGGGCGUCGUCUCAUGCGCCGAUAUCCUUGCACUUGCUUCCCAAGCCGCAGUCUCUAUGGCUGGGGGUCCAACGUGGAAUGUGUUGUUAGGGAGAAGAGACAGUAGAAAUGCAAACCAAGCAUUAGCUAACACUGCAAUUCCAGCUCCCUUUGAUGGCUUGACAAACAUUACCUCUAAGUUUUCUAACGUUGGAUUGAACGUUAAUGAUCUUGUAGCUUUAUCUGGUGCACAUACAUUUGGACGUGCGAGGUGUGCCACGUUCAGCAGUAGACUAUACAACUUCAGCAACACAGGCCAACCCGACCCGACCCUAAACGCGACGUACUUAGCCACGUUGCAGCAGACUUGCCCGCAAAACGGGCCUGGGUCCACGGUCACCAACCUCGACCCGACGACUCCGGACGGGUUCGACAACAACUAUUUCUCCAACUUGCAGAGCAACAACGGGCUCCUCCAGUCCGACCAAGAGUUGUUUUCGACGUCAGGGGCGGCGACAGUGGCACUGGUCAACACGUUCAGUUCGAACCAAACAACAUUCUUUCAGAACUUUGCCCAGUCCAUGAUUAAAAUGGGAAAUAUUAGCCCUUUGACCGGGUCAAAUGGGGAGAUUAGGUCAAAUUGUAGGAGACCCAAUUGAUGAUGAAAAUAAUGUCACACCCACCCUCUGUUUGUCUUUGCCUCUUCAAAUAAAGCUGCCUUUACCAUACAAAAUGCCCAUGGUUAAGGCAUUACUAAAUACACAUUUUAUUGAUAUUUAAGUGAUCAUUUGAUUUGUAAUAUUUCAAAAGUUAAAUUUUAUAUCUAUGUUUUAUAGAUUUCACUUUUGAUAGGUCAUAAAUGUCAUAAUAGCUAGCUAAAUAUGAGUAAGAAAAGUAUUACAAAAUA